AUGGCCGCCGCAGCAGUGUCUGACCAAACUACCGACCUGAGCAAGCAAUAUGACACUCCCCUCGGCCUCGCUCACUCAACUAUGCAAGUCCUCAAGGACAGAAUCAAGCUCCAUUAUGAUCUUGCAAGUGACUACUAUUUGAGUUUGUGGGGCGAACAUAUCCAUCACGGGUACUGGCCAACACCAGAGUCUGAAGCCACGCAGACAAAGGAGGAAGCUCAAGCCAAUCUCAUUCAGCUCCUUCUCGACAUUUCAAAUCUUCCAUCUAACAGCUCGGUUCUUGAUGUUGGCUGUGGUAUCGGUGGAACAUCGCGGUAUCUCGCUUCCAAACAUGGUAGCUCUGUGACGGGCAUAACCAUCUCAAGCAAACAAGUCGAGAUCGCAAAUCGCCUGACCAAAGCUGCUAUCGAAGACACCUCUUCGUCUGAUGUGUCAGAUGACAAUGGUUUCACCAAACUCGGCGAGGGAAAAGUCAAAUUUCUCGAGCUUGACGCCGAGAAGAUGGGCGACUUCUUCAGCGACCAGCAGGGCACCUUCGAUGCAGUAUGGAUAAGUGAAGCUCUUAGCCAUUUUCCAAACAAGGCGUUAUUCUUUGAGAAUGUGAUGAAAGUACUCAAGCCUGGAGGCAAGUUGGUAUUGGCAGAUUGGUUCAAGGACGAAGAUGUUGACGAUACAACUUUUAUCAAUGAUAUCAAGCCUAUUGAAGAUGGCAUGCUACUCCCACCCCUCUGUACCCAGCAAGGGUACGUCGAUCUCGCGAAGAAGGCCGGGCUUAAAGUCUUGUCUGAGCCAAAGGAUAUCAGUCAACAGGUCCGAAAGACAUGGGACAUUACUUGGUCACUUGUGCAGAACCCAUCUCUUUGGGCAUUUGCGUUUACUCAAGGCCGGGACGGUAUUGCUUUCUUGCAGUCAUUUCGCGCAAUGAGACGGGGUUAUGCUAAUGGCUCUUUUCGCUACGCUGUCAUGGUAUUCUAUAAGGAAAUGGUAUGA